GCAAAAAUAUUACACACUUAAAAUAUUGUUUUUUAAAGUAUUACCUCAUCUUUAUCUUAUCCUUUAAAAACUCUCCUUUUGGUAUGUCUUAUAAUAUACAUAAUCAUUUGUACAGUAUGGCAUGUACAUAAUUUCUAGGGACUAGAUCUGUGAUGUAAUCAGUACAGUGGACUCCUAAAUGAGGAGAGCCCUUCUACCAAUAUGGUCUAUACUUUCUCUGUAAUUUGCAUAAAUAAAGAGUUUAUGCUCUUAAAGAAUUGCCCAGAAUACUGAUUUGACUUGACCAAAGUCACAGCCAUUAUCUAGCAGAUGUGGGUAAAUUCAUAUCUUCAUGGAUCCAAGGCCAACUCUCUAUACAAUGCUCUCAUGUACAAUUAAUAGGUAAAUAUAAGUAUAUUAGGAAUGGAUGUUCAAUAUUUUUACUGAUAAAAUUAAUCAAAAAAGUUUAGAGAUCAUUGUACUAAGAGAAGGUGUAUGGAACACCCAAAAUAAAGUCUGUGCAGAGUUGCUAUGCCCCUCCUCAAAACAGGGUUGUCUUGACAGUGAGCCUGGAAUCAUCUUGUAAAUGUGAUUCUUUCUGGGGCUAUUCAAAGGUACAUCCCUUGAGGAUGGGAGACUAGAUUCCAAACCCAUCAAGGCCCAUCCAAUCACAAAAGACGCCUGCGCAAUCUCAAGAGUCACUUCUCAUAUAAAGCUGAGAGCCAGUUCCAGUGGAUGGGAAUGUCUUGGGGAGCAGUAUGAAAACCCAUAAGAAAGUACAAGAGUAGUAGUUAGAAAGCCUGUUUCUCUGAUUGUGUGGCCUUGAGUAAAUCACUUGCUGCCAGUAUGCCUCCAAUCUUCCCUUAUGUAAAAAGAAAAGGGGACAGAUUCCCUUCUCAAAGAUGAUUAAGUAAGACAUUUUGAACAUUUUCUGGAUCUAAAAAUCCAACAAAAAAAUGUACCAUGUUGCAAGAGUUUUCAGGGUUCUUACUAGCCACUGCAUGAAUAUAACUCAGCUAUGUGACUCAGAGUUUGGGUAAACCAAAUAGGUCAUGUACGUAAGCUUAGAAAGCAGUUUGGGGUAGGAUCACAUAGGGCACAUAGACAGGAAAAAGUACAAUUUUAGCCAAAAAAAAAAGUAUGCUUAAACUGUUACAAGGGCUUUUUAGCAUAUCAAUUUAUAUCAGACCAAAGAAAACAAUAUCUUCUUUAUCAACCAGUUAAUUAAAAUUUGUUAAGUUCCUACUUAUGACAAAGUUCUAAACUUUGACACUCUUUAGUGUCAAACUUUAAAGUGUUUAGGGAAGGGAAGUACUGAAGGAGACAUUCAGUACAUUUACAUAGUAAUGGCAAAUAUAGCACAAAAUGGAGUGAUUUUAUACUUAUAUUUAUAUUCUCUCAAAAAUCCACCUUCAACAAAAGGCACAUAUUUUGUGCAUAAAGGAAUGUUGAAGCCAUGCGUCCUGACUGGGCCACUUUCUUAAUGUGUGUCUUUUGGGAAGUCUCUUCCCUUCUUUGGGUCUCAGUUUCCCCUUAUGUAAAAUGGCAUACCUAUCUCAAGGAGGAAAAUACUUUGUAAAAACUCAAAGGACAACAGAAAUGAGAUACUAUUAUGUUAUUAGCGUUAUUUUAUAGUUGGGUGGCAACAGACAACCCUAGUGUGCCAGCUGGGACACUCUUCAGGUAACACUAUUUUAUCAAACUUUUUUUCCCCCAGGAGCUCUCCAUGGUAACUGAAACUCCCUUUAGGGGGCGGGGCCGAGUUCAGUGGUAUGACUCUCUAGCCUCUCUUGGACUUCUCUAUAGUUAAAGUUCCUCUGAUUAUCACAGGGCUAAUGAUAUGGCUCCUCUAUCCUUCUUCAUUCUCUAUGACAAAUGCCCAAUUCUUAUUCGUGGUUCUAGGUAUUGCUUUCUAGCCUCCCUUGGAAUUCUCUAUGGUCAAAGCACUUCUACUAUUCAUGGUUCAAGGUAUGAUUCUCUAGCCUCUUCUUGGAGUUCUUCAUAGGAAAAGGCCCUACCUAAUCACUCACUGAGUUCCCUUUGACACCAAAGCUCCCCUUCCCCCCCCCCCCCCCCCCCGUCAUGACUCCAGUUUUUGUUUUCUUAAUGGGGCCACAACUUCCGGUGGGUAAUGGAGUUCCUGUCUAGCUUCCAAGUUUUCUCUAUGGUGGAUCCUUUAGGGGAAUUACUCUCUGGACAUCCGUCAGAAAACUUGUAUUACACCAUUGGCCAUGAUAGGACAGCCUUUGGUGCCAUUUUAAUAGUGGCGCUCUAGCCCUUUUUCUUUUUCCCCUCAGUAACGCGUGGCCUCUCUAGCCACCUACAACUCUAUUGUUCCCCCAUGGGCCAAUGCAGCACCCUCCGGAAACCAUCACCUCUUCUUGGUGGCGCUCUAGCUUUUCUUUGUUGGCCCACGAAACGACUCUCUGGCCUCCCGCGUCUCUCGUUAGCUUUGCCCGCGGAAGUGACGCACAGAGGAGGCGGGGCGAGGCGCCCCGGAAGCGGUGGCGGCAGGCGGCCUCCGGCUGAGGCGGACGGGCGUCAUGGCGGCGGCGGCGGUGGUGGCUGAGAUGCCGGAGCCGUGGCCGGAGGUGGAUCUGGUGGAGCGGGAGCAGCGUCGGGAGCUGCUGCUGACUGGCCCGGCGCUGGAGGAGCGCGUGCGGGCGGCGGGAGGGCGGCUGCCGCCGCGGGUAUUCUCGCUACCGCUGCUGCACUCCUUGGAGGUGUGCGGCUGCGCGAGCCUGCGCGAGCCGGGCCCGGGGCUGGCGCGCGGCCUCCCGCGCCUGCGCAGCCUCGUGCUGCGGGGCAACGCGCUCGGGCCCACGCUCAGCCCGGAGCUGGGCCCACUGCCCGCGCUGCGCGUUCUCGACCUGUCCGGGAACGCGCUGGAGGAACUGCCGCCGGGGAGCGGUCUGGGCCCCGCGGAUCCGCCGGCGCUGCCACAAUUGCAGAGCCUCAACCUGAGUGCGAACCGCCUGCGCGCGCUCCCAGCCGAGCUGGCCCGAUGCGCGCCGCGGCUGCAGACCCUCAACGUGGCGCGCAACUGCCUGCGCGCGCUCCCGUCCGAGCUCUUUGCGCUGCAGCUGCUCAGCGAGCUUGGCGCCGCUGACAAUGAGUUACAAGAGCUCAGCCCUGCGGUGGCGGGGCUUUCGGCGCUCAAGACUUUGGAUCUUGCCAAUAACCAGUUAAGUGAAAUUCCCGGGGAACUUGCUGACUGCCCCAAACUCAAGGAGAUCAAUUUCAAAGGGAACAAAUUGAAAGAUAAACGCCUGGAGAAAAUGGUGAAUGGCUGCCAACCAAAGUCCAUUCUGGAGUAUCUGCGAGUUGGGGGACGGGGCAAAGGGAGGGGCAAGACCGAUGGCUCCGAAAAAGAAGAAAGCAGGAGAAAAAAGAGGGAGCGAAAGCAGAAGAAGGAGAGUGGAGAUGGUGAGGAAGAAGAAGUAGAGGAAGUAAACAAGCUUCUCAUCAAGAUUCUGCAUGUCUCUGACAGUCCCAUCUCUGUGACAGUAAAAGUAAACCCAAUGGUGAAAGAUGUCCGUCCCUACAUCGUGUGUGCUGUUGUGAAAGGGAUGAACCUGAGGCCAGGAAAUGCUCUGAAACGAUUCCUCUCAAUGCAGACCAAACUCCAUGAAGAUAUCUGUGAGAAAAGAACGGCAGCAACAAUUGCAACUCAUGACCUCAAGCUGAUCAAAGGUCCUCUGGUCUAUGGAGCAAGAUCUCCCCAAGACCUAAAGAUCAUCCCCUUAGGAAGGAAAGAGAUCAAAGCAAAGGACCUUGUCCGACAAUUACAACUUGAAGCUGAGGAGCAGAGAAAGCAAAAGAAACGGCAAAAUGUGUCCGGUUUGCACAGAUACCUUCACUUAUUAGAUGGAAAAGAAAACUAUCCUUGUUUAGUAGAUGCAGAUGAUAUGGUUAUUUCUUUCCCACCAAUAACAAACAGUGAAAAGACAAAGAUUAAAACAACAACCUCUGAUUUAUUUCUGGAAGUGACAAGUGCUACCAGCCUGCAAAUUUGUAAAGAUAUUAUGGACUCUCUUAUUUUGAAAAUGGCGGAGCUCAACAAAUUCACUUUAGAAAAUAAAGAGGAGCAGUCCCUUUCCGACACCGAAGCUGAUAGUGUUUCUGGACCAUUUAAUCUCAAAUCUAAUCAGAAUGCUGAAAAAGAUGGCAACUCCUCAUUAAUUGUGGAGCAAGUUCGGGUUGUGGACAUGGAAGGGAACUUAAAAGUUUUGUAUCCUUCUAAAACAGAUCUGGACAUAACUGCUUCCCAUAUAACUAUCAUCCGUUGAUGUAACUGACCACAGCUUUCACCAAACGGUUUGUAAAAUAUUUUGUUGUCAUUCUUGCAUAUUUUACAGGAGUUUGUAUAUGGUAUAAUUAAAUUAUUCACUACAUUUUCCACCUCAGAAUUUUUUAAAGAAGAUAUGUAAUAUUAGUUCGGUUUCCAAAGCUAUGUCUGUUAAAUUCCUCCUCUUGUAACACUAAGGCUAUCUCUUAAUGCCAAAAGUGAAAAAUAACAGGCUCAGAGGCCAUUGAGGUAACUUUAUAACUGUAAAAUUCAGUGUUAUGGUUUUGGUUUUAUAGCACCAAAGACCUGGUUUUGCUCAUCCUUUUCAUGAAAUUUAAGUGGAUUUUGAAAUGAACUGAGCAAGGUCUGUGUUAAUGGUAUCAUGACUUCACAGCCUAAGAGUCUUAAAAAAAAAAAAAGGCAAAUUUGGACUAGAACUUUAGGUUUAAAAUGGGAAGGUUUUUAGAAGUAUAAAAUUAUUCUUUUACUAGAGAUCAUUUGAUUUUAAAAGUCUGACAGGGAUAUUAUGGCUGGUACAGUUUACAAAUACUGAGUUGAACUUUAAUUUCCUACUAUGGACAUACCUUCGAAAAAGUUAUAACGUUUGUAAGGAAGAAUUAGGAAAACUAAGUUACAUUUGACCUAAUUCUUUAACUACUAUUGCUAUUAAGAAUGUCUUUGGCCCUGGGAAGUUAUGAAAACUGUAAAAAUUGUAGCCAAAUGGUAUAGUUAGCCUCAGUGCACUGACCUAUGAAGGUGUUCCUUCUGUGACUACAGAAAUGCACAGCCUGGGGGUAGAAAGUGUCAGAGAAUUGUCAGUCACCAAAUGAUAGCAGGUGUGGUUCUAACUCAUCUCUGCAGUCAGGUAUUCACCUGUGGGUGUUUGACACUGGGCUGGUGUCUCCAUAUUUAAAGGAGGUGACCACUGGCACGUGUACAUCGUCAGGAUAGAGAUGGACGGAACAACACAUGGUCAUCAAUGGUAGGAGACCAGUGCAACUUUAAGGCAGGAACCAUAGGAAGGCCUUAAUGUUCAAAUGAAAUCAAAACUGACUCACCUUAGACUCUGGAACCCUACACCUCUGUCUCUUUUCAAACACUCAGCAGUGAUGCAAUAUUCUUUCAUUAAAGACAGCAAUUAAGCAGUUAUUUCCCUUAGAUAGUGAUGCAGAGAAAAUAGAUUCUCUUCUAAAAAGUACCAAGAAGCCAGAAAUCAUAAACAAAGCCUGCAUGCCCAAAGCUGAAUGGUUCUUCUCCGAAUAUUUGAGCAGUUUUCCACUUUAGUCAUAGAUAUGUAUAUGUACUUUCAAAAGAGCCAUGAUUUCAUCGGUGUGGGCAUAUGUCCCUCCUCCCCCCCACUGCUGCAGGCUGCAGCUCCUCCCACAGUCCUCGUGAGUCGCUGUGGCCAAAAAUGAAAAUAGAAUCUCUUAAUGGCCAACGUUGUGAUGAUGGGCCUCUCCAGGUUCUCGUGUAACAGACACACGAUCUGUCAUUGGCCCAGCCUUUGAAGCUUUUCCAGCCUGGUUACGGACAGGCCUUCGUGCUUGUGCUCAGCUGGCACAGGUUUUAGGACCAGGGUCACAUUUGUGCCACAGAAGAGAAACUUGGCAGAGAAUGUGUGUCUGGAUACCUAGAAAUCUAUAAGUUCUGGAGUAAUUGGAGACUAGACUUGUUCCAGAACAGGGUAUGCAAAAGCAAGUCAAGCUUGCUGCCUUAAAAUUAGUGUCAGUUAGCAAACUGGCUGCCUUCAGUAAAAAAAUACAUCUAUAUAGCCAUCAAUUAGUGUCCUUUGGGUUAUUGGCCAGUGAAAUUCUGGCAAGUUAUGGUCAUUCGUGCCAUGGUCAGGUCAUUAAUGAGCCCAGUAUCCGCCCCUGGGCUUUGUUGACAAGCCUAGUAACACGCAAUACCAAAUAACAUUUCCUAACAAGGGAUCGUUGUUUGCCUGCACUUAGAACGUUAACUGUUGAUGCCAUCUGCAAAUCUCCUGCUCUUGAGUCCCCCACCCCAGUCAUAUGUUAGCUCUUCCCACUGUAAGUAGAAAUGGUUUGUGCUCACAUUCUGACUCCCAGGCCAAGUCCUGGGCUCCAGCAGAAGUUUGAGAAAAUAAGACUCAUAACUGCUGAAUUGGUCCAUGCUAAUCUGAAUUACAGUUUCUCCUCUUUCCUGUUUUUCCUUCAAACUCAGCUGAUGUAAAUGAUGGUUUACCCACUGUGGGAAAUAAAGGCUGCUAAUAAGCACCGUCUACUGACUAGAAAGUAUUUUUGGAUGGAAGACCCACCAAAUGGAAGGACGGGAGGGGAAAAACCACUUGGGAGCCACUAGAUAUGCCUUUCUCAGCAUUCUGUGUGAGGAUCACCAGCCUGUUAUGUCAAAGCAACUGGCCAAAGUUGGCGCCAUUCUAAGAGCCUGUACAGGUGGCCUGAGGGAGGGGAAAGAGGGUCCCUACUUGGCUUCUCUGUAUCAAAAGGAUUCAAUAAAAACCCUUUCAAAACUAA